UAUCCUUUCUAAAGGGGAAACAAAAAGGAAAUUCAAGGACCCCCAAUGCACCCAAGAGGCCUCCUUCAGCCCUUUUCUUGUUUGUUCUGAGUAUCGCUCCAAAAUCAAAGGAGAGCAUCCUGGCCUGUUCAUUGGUGAUGUUGCAAAGAAGCUGGGGAAUAUGAAAUCACACUGCUGCAGAUGACAAGCAGCCUUAUGAAAAGAAGGCUGCUAAGCUGAAGGAGAACUACAAGAAGGGUAUUACUGCCUAUCGAGCUAGAGAAGAGCCUGAUGAGGCAAAAAAGGGAGUUGUUAAGACUGAAAAAGAAAAAAGCAAGAAAACGAAGAUGAGGAGGAGGAAGAGGAUGAUGCUAAAUAAGUUGGUUCUAGCGUAGUUUUCUUUUCUUGUCGUUAAAGCAUUUAACCCGCCUCCCAUACACAAAUCACUCCUUCUGAAGAAAAAAAUUGAAAUUUAUGCAGAAGGCAUGGAGGGAAAGAAAUCCUUUAUCUCGAAUUAAAGCAGCCUACCAAGCUUUAGAAUUAAACAAUGACUGUGCCUCUGCAUAUAUUCUACUGGCUGAGGAAGAAGCAACAACUAUUGUUGAUGUUGAAAAGUUAUUUAAGCAGGCACUCAAGGCAGGAGAAACGAUUUAUAGGCGAUCGCAGCAGUGUCAACACCAAAGUCCUCAGCAUGAAGCCCAACUGAGGAGAGAUACCAAUGUACUGGCUUAUAUUAAAAGAAGAUUGGCAAUGUGUGCAAGAAAAUUAGGAAGAAUAAGAGAAGCAGUAAAAAUAAUGAGAGAUUUGAUGAAAGAAUUUCCUCCUCUUACCAUGUGGAACAUCCAUGAAAAUCUCCUAGAAUCACUUUUAGAAUUACAGGCCUAUGCAGAUGUUCAGGCAGUCCUAGCAAAAUAUGAUGAUAUAAGCCUUCCAAAGUCAGCAGCAAUCUGUUAUACAGCAGCACUGUUGAAGACAAGGACUGUUUCAGAUAAAUUCUCUCCAGAAACAGCCUCCAGACGAGGUUUAAGCACAGCGGAAAUUAAUGCUGUGGAAGCAAUUCAUAGAGCUGUGGAAUUUAAUCCUCAUGUUCCAAAAUACUUACUAGAGAUGAAAAGUCUAAUUUUACCUCCAGAACACAUUCAGAAGCGGGGUGAUAGUGAAGCAGUUGCCUAUGCUUUCUUUCAUCUUCAGCACUGGAAGCGAAUAGAAGGUGCUCUUAAUCUGUUACAGUGUACAUGGGAAGGCACUUUUAGAAUGAUUCCAUAUCCAUUAGAGAAAGGCCAUCUAUUUCACCCUUAUCCCAGCUGCACAGAGACUGCUGAUAAGGAGCUAUUACCUACCUUUCAUCAAGUAUCUGUUUACCCAAAGAAGGAGCUUCCUUUUUUCAUCUAUUUCACAGCAGGACUGUGUUCUUCUACAGCAAUGAUAGCUCUUCUCACACACCAGUUUCCUGAAAUCAUGGGUGUUUUUGCUAAAGCUGGGGACCAUGAACCAUCUGAGGCCCAUCCAUCAUUGAGAACCCCCACUCUGGCCUUUCAUUUGGACUCUGAAGGGGCAGAAAACCCAUGGGCGAGACCUGAGUCAAAGCAAUUUGUCACGUGUUUUAAGCAGAUGGCUCCUGAAUGCAGACACCAUGGAGAAGAGGGAUGAGAGCAGGAGCCGGGGGACAGCUCAUGACCUUGACAUUAGAUCUGCUGAGAAGCCGUCUCUCAGGUUUGAGUAUGUAGUUAACUAAUCCUUAAGAAUACGACUUUUUAAAGCCCGCACUGUUAUUAUCCUG